UCAUAGUGAAAUGACGAAGGAGAAGCCAAGCCAACAAGGGAAGGGAACCUCCGUCUCCAUCCUGCAUCCACUUCACUGCUCCCACUCACUCUCCAACAUCUUUCUCUCUCAAAAAGAAAAGAAAAGCAAAGAAAAGAAAGAAGCCACACCCUGUCUGUCUCUCCCUCCCGAUGAUGGAUCGCUGGCUCAUCUUCGCCUCCCUUCUCAUACUCCUCCUUCCAUUUGCCGUGUUUUCAGAGUCCACGAAAUUCAAGAUCGUCAACAAGUGCCGGCACACUAUAUGGCCCGGAAUACUAACCGGCGCCAACCGGCCAGUCCUCAACCCCACGGGCUUCAUCCUCAAGAGCGGCAAAUCCAGGACCCUUUCGGUUCCCGACUCCUGGUCCGGUCGGGUAUGGGGCCGGGCCUUCUGCUCCUCCGAUUCCUCCGGCAAGUUCUCGUGCGCAAGCGGCGACUGCGGCUCCGGGAAAGUGGUAUGCGCCGGCGCUGGCGCCAACCCGCCGACGACUCUCGCGGAAUUCACUCUUGACGGCGACCAAGGGCUGGACUUCUACGACGUGAGCUUGGUCGACGGUUACAACCUGCCGAUGCUGGUGGUGGCGAGGGGCGGUACAAGAGGGGGAUGCAGCGCCACGGGGUGCCUGGUGGACCUGAACGGGGCCUGCCCGGCGGAGCUGAGGGUGGCGCGUGGGAACUCGACAGAGAGCGUGGCGUGCAAGAGCGCGUGCGAGGCUUUCAAGGAUCCGCAGUUCUGCUGCAGCGAUGCGUACGCGACGCCGGACACGUGUCGGCCGUCAGUGUACUCGCUGUUCUUCAAGUACGCGUGCCCACGUUCGUACAGCUACGCUUACGAUGACAAGACGAGCACCUUCACCUGUGCCUCCGCCGACUACGUUAUCAUUUUCUGUCCUCACCCUUAUACCAGCCAAAAAUUGUUGGGAGCAAGAAGACAAGCAGAUGAGCUGCCCCUAGUUAACAAAACCAUGAUGUAUAUUGGACACAAACAUGCAAGUGGAGUUUCAUUGUCAGGUUUGGUUCCGGUGGAAGUUGCAUGUGUUGUCUCUAUUGUGGCAGCAAUUUUGCAGUUCUGGAUUCUCUAAUGUCUUUUAUGACUAACAACGGUUGGACACUUUCAGGCUGAUGUACCAAAACCUUCUGCUACUGGGUACCGUCCCAUUGCCAUACUAGCCGUUCCAUCAAUCGAUUACAUUGCAACUUGGUGGGAGAUUGGACUCUACGUUUGGAUCUCACAAAAUACAUUUGUACAUAGGGCCCUGUCUGUUCUAGUUCCUACCCCUCUUCAAAUCCUCUGUUAAUGAAUCAGUCUUUUUCAUGAUUUUGGAACAUGAUGAAUUCGAAAUGAGGAGGAAUAGUGAGUUUCAUGAGUAGAAAUGAAAUUCUUAUUCUAAUUCA